UUCUAAAACAAGAGAGAUACAGUUGAGAGGAAGACAAUUGAACAGUUUGAGAAUGUCCCUCAGCUAUGCCAUAAAACUGGUGUUUAAAGUGGUACUAUAACAUUGAAUUACAAUACAUGUAUAGUAUCUAAGUCUGAAUCCAAUAUCUGGUGUGCAGCCCAUAUAAUGGCUUUAAAGCAGCAAAAAAGGUUUUAUCAAGGAAAAAUAUUCAGAAAACAAGCAACUUGAGUUUCAAUGUGGAAUUCAGAAAGUAAUCUGAAAGUGGAGCUUAUAUCAAUCUAGUAUUUAACAAGAACAAUGUUUUUUAAGAAAGGUGUAAUAAUUGCAUGUCUGCUUAUAAUGGCAGCCUGCUAUUGGUACCAGCUAGUCAUAGAAACAGGGACAAACAAAGAGAAAAUCGUUAAAAGAAUAUGGACACAUGUACAAAAGGUAUAUAACAGCAGGUAUAUGAGUGACCUCCCCAAGGACAUAAGCAGUAUACAAGAGAAAAGAAUACAGCACCUCCAAAAGAUGUGCAUUGAAUAUAGAAAAUCCAAAGAAUAUAAACACCCAACAUUAAUCCAUAAUUUAUUCUAUAUCAAAAAUUUAACAUUUCCACCCAGUCAAACAACCAACAGAGCCCUCUGGUGUCCAUGUUUUAAAGCAGGGCACUCAAGUUGGAUAAACACAUUACAAGAGCUCAAUGCCAACAAUUCAGGAUUCAAAUUUGAUCUCCGGGAAAAUAUAAACAAAACUUUGACAACAGUAAGGUUUAUAAAUGUUAGAGAUCCCUGGGAAAGACUCCUUUCGGCAUAUUCAAACAGAAUGACCUAUCAAGAAAAUAGUAAAUAUAUAAGUCGACAAAGGAACACUAUUGGACGCCGCAUUAUGAGCAGAUAUUAUCCUGAUUCAAAUGCAAUGAAUAUUCCAUAUGAAAAUAUAAGUUUUACAUUUAAGGAUUUUUUAAGAUUUAUAAUAGAUGAACCAAAACAAUUGUCUGGUAGACUUGACGACCACUGGGUACAAUACUAUGAAUGGUGUCGACCAUGUGACCCUUACUUAGACUACAACGCCAUAGUUAAACUAGAAACAGUCACUGAAGAUUCAAAUUACGUUCUAGAAAAAAUAGGCGUCAAAACCAAAAUCAAGGAUGGGCCAAGAAAGACAGCAAAAUAUCUACAGGAACAAUAUAAGGAGGUUCCUCAUUGGAUUAUUGAUGACCUGACAAAGAUAUUUUACUGGGACUUUAAAUUAUUUGAUUACGACAUGAAUUCUCCAUUGGUACGCAAAUCAAUAUCUUAGAAAUUAGCUGAAUCAAUAUGAUAAAAUAUACAACAUAACAAUUCAAAAGCCAUUAAAAUGUCUUCAAAUAUAAUAUAUUAUACCCAAGAGCUAUAAUUUACAAUAAUUUAUCUCAUAGGCUAGACAACAAUUUCUACCAUCUUAUCAAGCAUUAAAUGACUGGGGACAUGAACCAUUUAAUUCCAAUGAUAUAACAAAAGAAAAAUUUCUCUUGUGGUACUAUAAUCUUUAUUUAUAAAUCUCAUGACAAGAAUAAAUAAAAGAGAAAUACAUUUAGGAAAUAGACAAAUGAAUGAUUUGAGAAGGUCCCUCAGUUAAGCCAUAAAAAUGACUUUAAGUGUUUAAGAGGAAAUAUGACAAUGAUCAUAUCUAAGUCACUUUAAUUUUGAUAUUAUGAAUUUGCAACAUUUGGAUAGUGGGGUAUAUGUAUCCCAGCUUAACAGAUAUAGUAGGGCAUGGUCAUAUAAGGGGAUAUUUAGAUUUUAAGUCGAGAUACAAUAUUUUAGUGAAAAAACUCGUAGGCCAAGGUUAUACUUAUAAAAAGCUUAAAGGGAUCCCAUCUCCCAAAAGCAGAAUAAGAGUAACCACCUGAUAUUCCUGUGAUAUUUGAUGUAAAAUAAAUUUGUCUAUCAACUUACCAAUGUGGAGUCUUCCACUAAUUUAUGAAUUGUAUCAAUAUGACAAUUGUUCACAGCCAUUAAUUCCCAAUCUCAUAACGAGUAAUUUGAAAUUGAAAUAACCCACUCAAAUCUGCUCCAAUCUGAUUGGCUGUCUGGGUUCAAUAUCCUUGGCAAUGCGAUUGUAUACUUACCAAGAGACGAUGGGAAUAAAGCAUCAUUAUUUAUAAAUUUAGAUGAAAAAUCUUGCAAAAAUAUGUAUUCUAAUAUAACUUGUAAUGUAAUUGAUCAUCUUCAAAUAAAACAGCGCAUUUAUAUGACUUUCUAAGAAACUAUUUAUAUAAUCAUAAAAUAUGAGAGACGCACAAUGUCCGCUGAUGCAAGUGAUAGAGUAUAGGACUUUAUAGCAUUUUAAGAGGUCAGAGGUUCGAAUGCCAGCAGAUUGGUUUGGACUUAUUAUGUACAUUUCUGACAGUUGGUUGUCCCGUUGAUUUUCUCAAUAAAUUGG